CGGGUGGUCGCGCGAAACGCGGUCAGUGGUGAAGAGUUUGAAAUUGAACACAAUAGGAGCGUGCUACUUUCUACGACGCUGUUUGAACCGAUAAGGGGAGAAAUUAUGAUAGUUAGUAGACUGGGACUAGACGAGGAAGCGCAAGUGCCAAAUAGGUGAAGAUGGAGAUCUUCAUAGGUCACGAAGUAGUUGGUUCUAAGAAAUUGAAAGCACCACUGUUGCCCUAUGGUAGCUCCUGCGACUUAUAUUUAUGAUUCGACUAAAAACCUUACUUCUAAUAGUGGAGGUCGAUUGCAGGAUCAGGAAG